CGGAGGGUGUGUCUGUCUUGGUGAAUAUGGAGCGAGUGGAAACAAGUCAGGUCAAAGGAAGACUUUGGUUCCUGGUAACACGGGAGCGCAAACAACACAUUCUUACGCGCACAUUAGCUUUGCAUGAGAACCAAAAAAAAAAAGCGUCCCGAAGCUGAAAAGACGCAGGUGGAAGGGGAUCCUCAUGUACAGCAAUGCACUUUUCUAAGUAAUAGUCGAACGUAAAGAGCAGCGUGAGCGUGAGGCUGAGGAGGGAGGAACAUCCGGGCUGUCUUCUUUUUGGGGCUUUUCGGACCACACCCACAGGCGCAUUCGUCAAGCCUGCGCUCGUCUACCUGUCCGCGCUGCCAACCCUUCCAGUUGCACGGCGCAAAAGGACACCAAAAUAAUCGACAAAUGCGUUGGCAUCACGCUCGAUCCGUCGUCUUGUUCACUUUACAAAUGGACUGAGGCGUCUUUUGCCAGAACCUUGAAAAGACUAAGCCUUCCAAAGAAGAGAUAUCUGACCAACUACCAAAGUCAUGGACUGGAAGACAUUCCAAGCCCUCCUGAGUGGGGUGAACAAAUAUUCCACAGCCUUUGGGCGCAUAUGGCUCUCUGUGGUGUUUGUGUUCAGAGUGAUGGUGUACGUUGUGGCGGCCGAGCGGGUUUGGGGCGAUGAGCAGAAGGACUUCGACUGCAACACCAAGCAGCCGGGAUGCUCCAACGUCUGCUACGACCACUACUUCCCCAUCUCCCACAUCCGCCUGUGGGCGCUGCAGCUGAUCUUCAUCACCUGCCCGUCUUUCAUGGUGGUCAUGCACGUGGCCUACCGGAAUGACCGCGAGCGCAAGCACAGAGCCAAGCACGGCGAGAGCACCAAGCUGUACAACAACACGGGCAAGAAGCACGGCGGCCUGUGGUGGACCUACCUGGUCAGCCUCUUUGUCAAGACGGGCAUCGAGGUCGUCUUCCUCUACAUCCUCCACCACGUCUAUGACAGCUUCUACCUGCCCAGGCUGGUCAAGUGUGAGGUGUCGCCGUGCCCCAACAUAGUGGACUGCUACAUCGGCCAUCCCACCGAGAAGAAAGUGUUCACCUACUUCAUGGUGGGCGCUUCUGCGCUCUGCAUCGUCCUCAACAUCUGCGAGAUUAUUUACCUCAUCUCCAAGCGAAUCGUGAGAAUUGCCAACAAGGCGCAGAGACGCAAACUUAACCUCCCCGUGGUCCAGGACGACUACAUGGACAACCUCUUCAACAACUGCGUCCAGCCUCCGUCCAAAAUGGACUUGAAGGAUAAGCCUCCAUCCUUCAAUUCUGCAAAUAAACCAGCGUACAGAUUUUCCACGCUGAAGAUUGAAGACAAGAUUCGGGCCUCUGCUCCAAAUCUGUCUACUCCUUGCUGAGAGCCAAAGCCAAGGAGACUGAGGAUCAAAACCAUCAGCUGAGCUUGGGCAAUGAUUCCUUUGCAGUCUUCAAAACACACUAAGAGCUAUGGGCCAAACCAUAGUGUGCGUCAGCUCCUGUCACUCAGUGCUCUUGUCACUGAGCACUGAGCGAAGCUGUGGGCCCCUACGCCGACACCUUUAGACUCUUUCUGAGCAUCUGAACUUGGCAGAUGUCAACAUCCACAAUAUUUACAUGUCACCUACGGCAGAUUGAUUUCUUAUUGAUAUGUGGGAUUGUUUUGGAAUACAAUAAAAGUUGCAGGCCUUUCCAGUCACCCCUUCACACACAUUAUUCCCUCUACUUCUUGUGAGUGGACGGGAGGCAGACACUUGAGAUUGGACGCGCCUUGCCAUUCGCCUGUACGUUUCAUCCAGCUUCUCAAUUUCAUUCUGACGUGCUGGUGACGCUUGGAAGCAGCGCCCAAGUCACUGAAGAGUGGUAAUGAUUCUGGAAUCUGAGCGCAAACUAUGGCUGAGAACUGUACCUAAAAGUAUGUUAACUGGCUCAAAACCUGUUUUUUCACAGUUUAUUUUUUUUGGGGGGGGUGGGGGGGGUCUGGAUUUAUGAGGGUGACAAAGUGCAUUGCAUGUACAGUAGGUCCGUCAUGUAAACCCUCGAGCAGGCACAUUCAUGACUUUCGAAACAGCAGCAUCUUACUGUGCAUUUGUUUUGGCUUUUUAGUACACAAUCUCGCCUUCUCCGUGACCACUGUUGAUUUAAAUCAGCCAAAAGGAAUGUUGCUGAUAGUUCUGUGAUGGCUAACGCUACAAUGCUCCGAGAAUUGUAUUAUAUGUCAUUUUGGCACCUUAUUUUUAUACAUAUUAAAUAUAUUGAACAUA